AAAUUACUCACUACUUAAUGAUUGGACAAAACAAUAGCAAAACACAUAAUGAAUGUCUGUCUCAACGUAUAGUGCCUUUCAUUGACCGCAAACCUCAAUGUCUGACCGAUUGGUGUCCGCAAAGACAUCGGCGACGAUCACCGCCAAAGACGACGGCCAAUCAUUGACUUACGAGUCGAUACUCGAGUCGUUUGUCCGCCAAAAGUCAUUCAAAUGCCAUUACGACGGAUGCGACAAAUGUUUCUGCACUCAAAGGCAUUUAGAUUCACAUAUCAGGCGAAGACAUGCCGUCGACGGCACCGCACAGUCCGGGGAACUGAUCGGCAACUCUUCAUCUGAUAGCCGGCGGAUAGCGGCGGCGGACGAUAGCAAACAACUGGUCUCAGAGCGCCGGCCAAUCGCUAUUGCGUCACCAGUUCUACCGCCGAUUACCUUCAGAUCUGAUGACAAUUUCAUCACCACAACCACGGCAUCCAAUACUUACUCGUCGGCCACCAGUGGUCAGACAUCACUCAAUGGUCAGCAUAUGUUGCAAACAUUACGCGACCCGAGGCUACGGAAGCGGUACGGCUUGCCAUUGGUGGCCACCUGUGCCGGCGACAACUCACCCAUCAAUACCAGUCAUACAAUUAAUAGUCAAACUAUUGUCACCUCAAUCGAUGAUCGCAAUCCUAGCGGUCAGUCCUCGGCGGCCAUUAAACCUGUGGUCAAAGUGGGCGCCGGCAGUCACUCAGCGCCCAACGCAUGCCUUAUGAACACAAUUGAAACAAAUACUCGCAAACGCGGCCGACAUCGCGGAACCGCUGCCGUACAGGCGUUGGCCUCGACCUCAACUACCGGUGACCAGUCGUCCGCCGGUAAACACCGUAAAGUGAAGGCCAAACACCGGCGGCGUAGACGGCGGUCGUCGGGACGAAGAAAGCGUCGCAAACAGGACACCGAUGAUCAUCACCUGCUGCUGAUUCUGUCCACCGAUGAGGACACCAAUAGUGACUCCGAAGUAGAGAUUAUAGGCGAUGAUAGUCAAAGUGUUAAACCAACGGUUCCUCCGCUGACAACAUCACCGAUGGCCGCAAUGGCGGACAACCCAGAGUCGGACGACGACAGCGACAUUGAGAUCGUGGCCAUCGUCUCCGCGCCCACCGCUCAGACCACAGGCGCCGCCACUGCCGGGCCAUCAAAGCUCUCACCGCCACCAGUGGUACAAUCAUUACCGGUAUUACCACAGAUGGCUCCGCCACUACUACCACCACCGCCGCCACCAUCGACAGCAGUAGACACAGCCAUACUUGUGCUGGCGAUUCCACAGACUGUACCCAAUGAGGAGAUACCGCUGUCCGUGGCGUCGGACCCAACAAUUUCUACGACAACACCCGUUCCCUACGAUAUGGAUACUGACAUCGAUGGUGAGUUGUUAUACCCGCCCGAAGACAACCUCCCGACCGAUGAUUACAGCGACUAUUUGUUGACCACUGAAGCGCUUCCCAAUAGUGAUUAUUACACACGAUUUGACUCAUUGGCCGAACGGGUGUGUCGUGUGGUUGAGGCCAACACCACCGCCGAUGACUGCGAUGUUAAGCCAGUGAUCGCCACUGAAAAUCAUACUGAUAUAACAUGUGAUAUAAAACUCGAUGUCAACGCCUUUGCGGACAACACAUCGCCGCCCGAUGUGACCACUGAUUCCGUUUGGUCAGCACCGGGUGAUAGUGAGCCAGCGAUUACAAGUGAACCAGUUGUGGUGAUUUUGAAGUUAGACACCACCGAUGUGUCCGCCACUGACCAAACACUGGCCGACGAUAAGCCGCUGCUACUAACGGAUCCGCGUCUACAGACACUGUCUGACCCGUCAUUGGCCACCACUUUGAGCACUCAAAGCGAAGACACAGAUAGUGUUGAACAAGUUGUCAGUGAUAUACUGGCACUUCUUGUGAAUACCACAGCAAACGCUAAUAGAGAUGAACAGUCAUGUGUUGGCACAACACCUAUCGGUGCCGUCAUUUCAAACACCGAUAGCCAGACAAUAGCCACAACUAAUCAUAAAAAUUGUGACACAAAUACUUCCGAAGAAGUGACUGUUAGCGAAGAGAUGGGUGUAAACAGUGGUCAAGAGUUUAGCGCACAAUUGACGGCACCGGAGGAUGUGGUGGACAGUAGUAACCAAUCGAUUACAGUCUCGACAACUGAUGUCAAUAACCCGAUGGAAACCUCUAGUCUUAGGCAUGUUGAUAUAACGAUAUCUUCGGGUGAAAUGGUUGUCAAUAGCAUCGAAACGAGUCCACUAUUGACAGCACCAGCCUUUGCAGUGACACCGGAAGAAGCGAUGGAUCAAUUACUUACUGUCGACACAACUACUAUAAGUGAUAUAUCAUGUGAUGAAUACGACGGCCGAAAAAUUGGCGGACAAUUGACAGCAGCCGCUGAUGAGGAGGUCCGGGAGGAAGGCGUUGACAAUAAUCAUUCAUUUUCGCCCAUUUCCAGCACAGUUUGUAACUCUACGGCAAUCUCUGACCACAAAAAUAGUGGCGAAGAAGUGGCCAAAGAGACGGUUCCGGCGACGAUCGGCCCGCAAAGGGACCGACACUUAACGCUAGAGCACUACCGGCGCCACAAAAAGCGAUUACGAGAAGCGUUUGGCGUUAAACGAGGCGACGAUUCCGACCAUUCGGACACUAAUAGCGAUUCCGACGGCAAUAGUGGCCAGUCUUUAACGCCGUUCGACGGUUUACUACUAGACGUGUCUAAACGCAUGGCAUCUAAAAUUCCUGAUCAUUCAACGACUGGCCACCGAUCGUCGGCAACGAGGUCUACCUCUACCGGAUCGGGACAUCACUCAAACAGUGGUCAACGCCCGGAACCGCUACCGAAGGCCAAG